AUGUUGUUUGCCGUCAUUGCUUCAGCAGUACUAGGCAGUGUACUUGGGGCUGCCAGAGAUCCAACAAAAGUCUGUCUGCCUGAUAAGUUUCAGGCAUUAAUCUUUGCAUUUCAAAAUGACAUUACUGGACUUAUUGCAUUUGACUUCCCUAAUGAAAGAAUCUCUGUCCGCACAACUAGUAAUGGCCUACGUAUUGUGUAUAAUUUAACAGAUGACACAGCACUAUCUAUAAACGAAACAGAUGGAAAAUGCAUCCAACUACCUAAAGAUCUCAAAUUGCAGACUAUUGCAACUCGCUGUUUACCAGCAAAUGCUGUCCAGCUGGGUAACGUGAGUACCUAUAUUGGUGUGGGGAGCACUCAGACUAAAUUUGAAGGAUGGGAGUUACAGUUUCCCGGUAUAGGAACAGUCACAGCUGCGGUAACAACAACCACACCAGCAAUUCCAAUCCUCAGACAAUUUGUAUCGGCAGAUGGCAAAGACAGGGAGUCGGUAUUUUUCUUUAACGUCCAGACUACCAUCGAUGACAAUAGCAUCUUUAACGUCCCAGAUGUUUGUUCACCUGCAACAGUUGUUGGUAAAUAG